UCCCAGUCUACAAUAGAUAUUUUAAGCCCUAAGCCUUAAGAAAUUAACCAAUCACGGUCAAGCAUGAGUAGAUACUUGGUAACCGAACAAAUGUUCCAUGCAGCAUCUUCAGAUAAAUUCAAGACGGUCUUGAAUAUAAGAUCCGACUUUGAAUACCGGCCUAAGACUACCAGUUUUUCGUAGUAACUCGACGCUGUCGGAGUUUCCCGCGGAGACUCGCCGAAGGGUCUACCGUGUUCGAAUCGCGCGCCAAAUCUAGAUGGCGGUGCUGAGGCUGGGCGCGCGCAGGCGCGGCGCGCGGCCAACUUCAAGCGUCCACCGCAAGAGAUCAAUUUCUCGCGGCUGUGCAUACGCGCUCCGCACCGCGCCGCGUCGCUCCGCACCGUUCCGUCCCGUCCCGUCCCGUCCCGUUCCGCUUCGCUCCGCAGAGAGCGCACAGUGUGUGCGUUGUUCCGUGAGCGUCGGCGUCGUGUACGCAGCGCGCUCGCUCAGCUGUUGUCGCGGCUGAGGCCAAGUGACUGACAAGUAGCGCGUCGGUGGUGUCCGCGAUGUGGAAAUCAAUCUCGUGAAGGCGGCGGCGGCGGCGGCGACGGCGACGACGACGGCGGUCGAGGUGGCCCGCGGUGAGCGGCAGCGCGUCGCAACUGCUGCUGCAGGUCCGCGUCGGGAAAGAUGAACGGCAGCCUGGGGAUCACGCGCGGCCCGGAGCAACAUCCACUGCGCUUCGCUGAUUACUUCGUCAUAUGCAGCCUCGACAAGGACUCGGGCCUCGAGCCGGACAAGUACUUCGGUGACUCAUUGCAGUGCACACCCCUGGAUCGAGCGUACAAGAGCAAAGUAUUGGGACAUUAUCCAGACUCGGUACCAUGGAAUCCGUUCGACGAGCACGCUGUCUGCAUGCUUUGUCUGCCAAGCGGUUUGCGAUUUCGUACGCAAAAGCACUCGGUGGAGCCGACCUUCCACUCCUUCGUCCUCACGAAAGAAGACGGCCACAGGACGUACGGGUUCAGCCUCGUUUUCUACGAGGAGUGCCGCAACCGCAAAAUAUGCGCCGCUAUGCAAACGUUACAAGCGAUGCACAUCACGGAGCUCAGCAGCGGUCAGAACGGCACGCCUCCCACUACGAGAAAGGGUCAGGAUGGACAUAAUACGAGAUCGCUGCCUCGUCACUUUAAAUUGUCAGCCCAUUCGCCCGGUGCUGCGUUAGGAUACUAUGACUCUACCAAAGACAAGUUACUAGUGACCAAAUCAAUAUCCUUGCUAUGCCAACAACCUUACCUCCACGCGGCGAAGACGUUCCUCACUAAUCUCUAUAAGUGUGUUCCUAGACAUCCUGGACCUGGUCUUAGUUUAGAAUCUUACGUGUAUAAUCUUCUGUAUAACAUACCGAUACCGUUACCCGGCAAAUCGUUGAAGUUUUUCGUACCCAAUGAUGAACCGGCGAAAUCGCCACUGGAAUUGGUCAUCCAUCAACCGUCUCCAUCGUUGGAACUACCGAUGUUGGACUAUCCUCUCAAGGACGUGUUCACGUGGCUGGGCGCAGACUGUCUAAUUCAAUUAUUUACGUGUGUGCUGUUGGAGAACCAAGUUCUCUUGAGAAGCGCUGAUUUUCACAAGCUGAUGGUGGUGUCUGAAUGCAUAACGGCACUCUUGUUUCCUUUCUCGUGGCAACACGUCUAUGUACCGAUAUUGCCCGCCAGUCUGCAUCACUUCCUGGAUGCACCUGUGCCCUUCAUAAUGGGUCUGCACGCGCAUAGUGAGGGCGGCGUUCUAAAAAUCGCUAGCGAAGCAAACCUCUGUUAUGUAGAUAUAGAUAAGCAAAAUAGCCAAUUUCCGGAAGAGUUGCCUGUAUUUCCUCAUAAAAUGCAGUUCAUUACGGAGAUCAGAGCGCUUCUAAACAAGUACAAAAUACCACAUUCAGGAAAGACUGAUAACAUGGUCAUUAAUUAUUACAAUGGCGACAUCAUGACCAGCAGCCUGACACUUCCCGGUUCUGGUUUCCAUCUUCCUCGCAGAAAACAUUCUUUGCACGAUGUGCUAGACUGGGAUCGGCCGGAGCCAGGACCACAGUCAGAUAAUCUGCAAAGAAUAGUGGAUAUCGUUAAGAGAACAGUGAACAUGGAUGAUAUUGAUCCUACAGAAGAAGAAACGGAAAAAAUACUCACUCCGCAGGAGGAAUAUCAAGAGACUCUUAUCUUCAAUAAUGCUAUUAGGGAGAUCUUUUUGAACCGUUUUGUACAAAUGUUUUCCAGUUACGAACAUUUUGUUAUUCAACCGAGUCAGGACAAGGAUGAAUGGAUCACCAAUAGGGAUAGUAUGCACGUUUUCGACAAGGCUACGUUUUUAUCUGACCAGCCGACUCAACAUCUGCCGUUUUUGUCGAGAUUUCUGGAAACGCAGAUGUUCGCUUCUCUCGUUGACAGCAAAGUGAUGUCGACGUGGAGCGAAUUAGACUGCAACAUUAAAGUUUUCGACCAAAGGAUCUCCGCUUUAAAGAAGAAAGUCGGAGAAAGUAUCAUACGAUCAAUGCGAUACGAGCCUUGUACGAACAUCGCAGAUAUACAAAAAAUACUCGAACAGAGAUUAAUUAACGUAGAUUUUGAAACAAAUCCGCCUACGGAGAUUCUUCCUCAUAGAGCCGCAUAUUUUCGGAGUUUUCCGUUGCUAGAUAACGUCGCAUUGAAUAAAGAGCCCACUCAAAGUAUACUUCGUAGUAGAAGAGGACAGACACAAUGGAAAUAUAAGAUGAAAUCCAUGGAUACAAAUGGAAAGCCAGUAACACCCCAAGAAUCUCAAUCACCUCGACCUCAAACCAAACUCUCAGCGGACAUGAGCCCUGCUUUAAUAGCGCAGGCUAAUUGGACAUUUGUAGAAAAAUUGCUCAAGGAUUGCAAAUCAAAGACAAAAAGAAUGUUAGUGGAAAAAAUGGGAUCGGAAGCCGUCGCGCUUGGUCACGGGGGCGAGUCUCUGUCUGACGUCGAGGAGAACACUCUAGUCGCCAGUCUCUGUGAUCUGUUGGAACGAGUGUGGAGCCACGGACUGCAAAACAAGCAGGGCAAGAGCGCUCUUUGGUCGCAUUUGACCAUGUACCAAGAAUCAGAAGAAUGUAAUGAUGCAACUAAGUCUAUAGACCCCAACUUUCUUUCCCCUGCACUAGCGUGGUCCGUGCUGCGGAAGCGACUCGAUUCUAAGAAAUCUCCGAAUAGGUUUUUCGGAAUACCGGAUCGUUUGGUUUCAUCUUUAAGAGGCAAAAGUAUUAUUGAAAUUGCUUCUUACAUCAAGGACAAUUUUAAUGAUUUGUCAAAUUUGCAAUUGGAGACGGACGUUUCACCCACGAGAGGCACAGAUAAGCACAAAUCUCCCGGUGAGAGGAAAACUGUCGGUCCUGAACACUUGAGACCUCUCCCGGAUUCUCUAAUCUUCGACAUCCGUAACGUUCAAGCGAUGACCGAUAUCAAAACACACAUUGGCUACGCAAGAGCGUGGGUGCGACUAGCGCUCGAGAAGAAAUUGUUGUCGCGCCAUUUGAAGACGCUAUUGUCGGACAGUGCUCUGUUGAGGAGCCAGUACAAACGGUCAGCGUUUUUACGCUGUGAAGAAGAGAAAGAGCAAUUUUUGUACCACCUUCUAACACUGAAUGCUGUCGAUUACUUCUGCUUCACAAAUAACUAUCCCACGACGAAGUUACCGUAUCGAGUUGUGAUAUUCCCCAGUCGUAAGGCAAGCGCUGCCACGACUUCGGCUAAUAGUUGGAUCGCUAUUUCUGGCACACUCUGCGAAACUAAUCCCGUACCUAUACCAAAAGGAGCACUCGAAUUUGUAUUUCAUUAUAAAAAUUUAGGCGUACUGUCUACGUUACGGAUUGGACAUGACAAUACUGGAUUAUCGCCAAAGUGGAUGGUGGAACACGUUGUAGUGAGAAACGAAGUGACUGGACACACUUUUAAGUUUCCCUGUGGUCGUUGGCUCGGUAGAGGAAUAGAUGAUGGAUCUACUGAGCGUUUAUUAGUGGGUGCUUUAGUACCUCGAAGCAUUGAUAGCGAGGAGUUGGUAGAAUCAUGUUCCACACCUCCAAGAUGUAGAUCUCCGAGUAUACCUAGGCGUCCUAUAUUAUCGCAAGCUGAACUGCAACAUAUGCUUGGCGAAGCUGUAAAUGCUAUAGUUAAAUAUCACUACAGAAGAGAAUGCCAAGAUGGUUCAUUGACGGCUCUGCUAUGUGGAGAAGGCGGUCUCGUGCCGUCCUUGGAACAAAUAUUUUUAUUUGGUUUUAAAAAUCAGAGAAUAUUUGGGAGGAACUUUUACGUUUGGGACUACUUCUUACGUGUCAAAGAAAAUUUCGAGAUUUCUCUGCUAGAGGAAAUGGAUGAGUAUUCUCAGAGACUCAGCCGAGAUAGAAGAGCAUACACAGAAAGCAGUCAGAGAUUCACGAUCUUGAGAUGUUAUUGUCAUCUCAUUGAUCAAAUUAAUAUGUUUAGUCAAACUUUAGGAAAAGAUGGGAAAUUUCAAUUAUUUAUCUGUUUAGCAGCAAGAGAACAGCUUCUUUAUCCCAUGUUGCGGCCGAUGAGCGACGCACGUUCCACGGCAGAUAUGUACGAGGAGAAUUCGUUUUUGAGAAAUCCUACGUUAUUGACCUUCCUCAUUCAUAUUCUUGAGCCGUUGAGCGAGUUCCAUAUUGUCCUCGAGAAGAGCUUGACCCAUGGAAUUUCAAGUAUAUGUUAGUAAUUGCCAAAACGUAACGAUGUACACUAAUUCGUUGCAAAUAAUCCAUGUUCUUUCGAUAAGUGUCACGAAUCGUGAAAUAUUUUUGAUCUUAAAAAAUACGUCCGGUUUUCCAAUGUUAUAUCAGUAAGAAUCGAUUUGUUAUUGUGGCGUUUUUAAUUAUUGAUGAAAUUAGAACGAUCAUGAAUCUUUUCAUGGAUAGAAACGUAUACUCUUAAUUAACAAGAGAGCCAAUUAACUAAAUAGUGACAAAUGACGAAUUCGAUUGUUAUCACGUGGGACGAUAAAAAGCUUAAAAAAUUUCAUUAUAAAAAAGAAAUUAGACGGAUUUAAUAUUAAAACUGAAGACUGUUAUGGGGAUGCAGCUGUACAAUAUGCUUUUAUGAAUAACAAAUUAGCGAUAAGAGAUUUAUCAGAUAUAAUGUUAAACAAGGAGAACAUAAAUCUCGUUCUGUUUCAGAAGCUUACGAUAUUAUUGUCGGUGAUAAGAAAUUAAUAUAUAAUCAGAAUAUAUUUGGCCCCAUCUUGCCAUAGCUAUUAGCAUAAUAAAGGUGGUGUUCGUUGAAAUAUUGAUACUAAUGACAAAUUGUGUACCAAAGAUGUGAUCCCAUUUAAACAAUAUCAUUUUACAUUUUCACUACUGUUAGAUAUUAAGUUUCUUUAUUAUCAUACGUUGUCGUAUAUUUUUAAUGCAUGCAAAAUAGAUUUUGAAAUAAUUUUUAUAUCUGUACUGUGGACUAAUAAUGGUUUUUUAUUUGCGCGAAGAGAUAUGUUCCCAAUAUGAAGAAAUAUUAAGAUAUUCGCAUAUAAUCUGAUGGGUCUCAGACAAUGAUUUUUAGAUAGACAAGUCAGAGAAUGAUUACUUUUUUUUAAUGGCUGUGCUUUGAUACUUGAAAUCGAGUAUAACUUAUAUUGAACGUGAGUGCUAACAUGACAAUUUUCUGUUAUUUAUAUAAUUAUUGCUACAAACUUUAAGGUGUAUAUGUUCCAAGAAUUAUACGUAUAUGUGUAAAGUCUCAUAAUUUUAUUAAAAUAACCACUUUAGCCCUCUGAGGUCCGGGGUUUAUUUUCUGGUUAAUUGUUAACCAGAGGUUAGUCGACUAUCUUUUUCUAUAUUAUUACCUAAGAAGAGAUAGGUAAUCGACCUGUGGUUAACCUUUCAUCAGACAAUGAAAAACCGGGCCUAAAUACUUGGAAAUUUAUAUUCGAGAUAAUUACUAUCUAAUUAAUUAUUUAUAUACAGUAAAGUUUGUUAUGUACAUAUUUUAAUCAUAAUUGCAAUACAAGAGGGCAAGAACUAUCACUGAAUUGUAUCGCAAAUGGACCAAAUGACGUAAUCAUCUUUAGAUUGUCAUAUUUUUAUUAAAUCAAAGUAUAAUCGCAAAGAUUUGUUCAUUUUUGUUCAGUAUUUAAUCUCAUAUUCAUGGAACAAGAAACAUAAACGGGCGAAAAUUUUGAUCAAUCAAAUAUUGCCUCGAUUUGAAGAUAUUGAUAUCGUUACAAAUUUGGUAUACUCAACUAGUUUUUAUAAGCAACAUGGGAUAAGAUAUUGUACACUGUAAAAAAUAUUUCCUAAAGUACAAUUGAGUGUCUCUCAUUGACUCAGAACUUCAUUGGAUAAUACUGAAAACUAAGAAACGUUUGAUAUCUUUUCCAAUACUUAAUUCCACGUUGUUAUCCGUCUAUGUUACAAAUCUCUCGACAAUGUGGCCAAAUAUGAGAUUAUGAACAACUUGUGUCCACCCAAAAAUUUCGAUAUUUAAAUAUGCAGUUUCGUUUGAAAUCCUUGACGAUUUAACAUGAUACGUGAGCAUCACAAUAAAUGUGAUUCAUAAUUUAAUGUAUUAUCUUUUCAAUUUAUUCUUCUAAUUUUUAUGUAUAUUUAUACCUAUAUACAUUAACAUAAAUUAGAAAAAAUUUACAUACAAAUUAGGAUAAUUUUGUUAUGCAUUGUAUUGUUCUGUAGCUCCUUCUUUUACCAAUAUGUAACGACAGCAAAUAAGUGUACGGCUAAUGCGCAGAGUUUAGACAUAUAUAUGUUUAUAUGUCCUUUUCUUUGUUUGUUGGCUAAACUUUCAUUGUUGAUAACAAUUUUCUAAUCAACAUUUAUUAAAAAGAACGCCAGUACCUUGAAAAUAACUUUAAGAUUUUCUGGAACCAAAGAUAUUUUAUGCAAAGUGAUUUCUGCAAAACGUGAAUCUCAGGUAUACAUACGAUAGAGACAGAGAGAGAGAGAGAGAGAGAGAGAGAGAGAGAGAGAGAGAGAGAGAGAGAGAGAGAGAUAUGCUCAGAUGUAUAUAGUGUCCUAUUUCUAGAUUUCCGCAUUAACAAAACGCAUAGAUACAUAUUUAAUGUAUUUAGAAUUAUGGAAGCCAAAUUCUCAUUGUUUCGCCUGCUUGAGCUUUCAGAAAUUUACGUACUUUAUAUAUGUUAAAGUUGAAUUAAUACACGCAUUGGGGUUUACGUAACGUUGAACGAAAAAUACUCGAGAAUGGAAGACCAGAGGGUGACUCACCUCAGGACGCUGUUCUAUGAUUAAAGAAUAUCUGCUAAACUAAUAUUACGAAAGCUCUAACUGCACGUUAGUUUGACAUAAGAAUACUACGUCUAUUAAAGGCAUUGUCAACGAUACUAAAGGAUUUUUCAAAGGUCGAGCUCGCAGUGUUCUUGAAGUCACACUUCUGGAAGAGUUUCCCACCGAUGCAAUCCUCCCUGUAGAGGAAUUCAGUCCGAGACAGAUUAUUGAGAAUAUGUUGGAAAAACAUAGGCAUACCGUACAAAAUAUCUGGGAACGUCCUGAGGACUUGAAAACACUUAUCUUUAGGAACGACAAUCUGAAACAAAUCCUAAUUCAAUUCACUAAUAAUAUGGAGUUCUAUGCCGAUAUUUAAACGAUAUGCUUCUACCAUCACAAGGUAUUGAAACCUAAUAUCCAAAGCAUGUCAAUGCAGAUCAUAAUGGGUAUGAUAAUAAAUAAGUACGAGAUAAAUGUCGAGCUACAAACGGAGAAUCUCAAUCCAGCAGCGAUUACCUUUCACCGAAUAAUAUGUUCUUUCCCGAGCGUAAAUUUAGAAAUGUUUUCUUAUGAUGACGAUGACUUUCAUAUCGCAUUCACAAUAUAAUGCGUUCACAGUUUAAACUUUCUUCUAGGAUUUUCCCGCCCAUGGUCGUUCCAAUUAUCCCCGAGUUAAAUAAUCCUCCCAUUGCGAUACUCAUGGCUAUAGCCCUUAAAUUGGAUGAUGUCUCUGAGUCCUCUGAUAUAAAAACUCCGCUAUCCACAAUCUAUCAGCGGGUUAUUAUGUCUUACACUUCUACGGUCUUUCCUGAACGCUUGAAAUUACAACUGUGUAGGAAAUGGAGCAUUGUGAUUGUGCAGAAAAAUGAAUAUAGUUUUAAGAUAUGUGCACAAAGAUGAAUAUAGUUUUAAUCCUAGAUUUGAAGACUACCGCACGAGAGCUGAGAACAUAAAAUCUAGACACGAAGAUCCAUACAUAAAAAUGUACUCUCUAGGAUAUAAAUAUGGUUUCUGCCUCUUAUUCAAUUCCAUUAUAAACCUGAAUAAUUUAAUAAUACAUAAUAAUUGAAUGUUACAUCGUCAAGGAUCGCGACCGCACUUCGUAGUCAACUAGCAAUGCAUUUGCACUAUAGUAUUUAGAAGGAUUUGUUUUUAAACUGUACAAUUCAUCAAUAAUGCAUAAUAUCAUGAAAUUGUAUUAUCAUACAAUCGAGUUAUUUCUGUAAUUGGAAGUACAUUGCCUAAAAAAACUUGCCUCUAUUCUAUUUAUUCUCUAUUAUUGUCUUCUAGCGAAGAGAGAAGAAACGUUUCUUCAUUUCGCGAAAGGAUUUUAGAUCGGUACAUCACAUUUGUAGAGGAAUAAUAAAUACCUACAACGUCGUUAUAUAAAACUUAUGUAGCCGAUGUGAAUUGUGAUCAUUUUAGACUGACGAAUAAUAUUCAUGUUACUUUUGUAAGUGUACAUCGUGUCUCCUUUAUGUUAGGAUAUAAGUUUAACUGCGUUUUACACGAUCACGUUGAAGUGGAGCUGCAUAUAUUGUAUAUGAGAUCGAACAACUUCAUGACAAACGUUUUAUACAGAUACCCUUCAAAUUAUACAUCUCUCGUCAUUAGCAUUAUAUUAUAUGCACCUUGUAAAAUAAUACAAUGCAUACCAAUGUUCGUGGAGUACAAAAUUGUAAAGACAAAGCAAUUAUUGGCGACAUUGACGAGGAUACAUGGCAGUGAUGCUUCCGCGUGAACUCAUUAACCGAAUUUUCUGAUUCAACAUUUAUUGUAGUUAGCCUAUAAUUCUUAAUAAUUUCGUAUCCUGUUCUUUACGAGAUUGUUGCUCUACUGUAUAUACGCGAAAAUUAUUAUAAAGUUUCGUCUACCGUACAAGGAGUUUUACAAAGCAUUCAUUAUGUAAGUUGUAUAUACAUAUAUAUCGUAAGGGUAUAUUAUGUACAGUAGAAUAAAUCAUUAUCGCAAGGAUUAAAAGUU